ACCAUAGAGAAAUCUGCUUCUGACACCGAAAAUGGGAAAAGUCCAUUAGAGAUUAGCCAAGAUUAUGUGUGGGACGAUGUCGAUCGGGUAAAGCGACAUAAAAGGAUUCUUACUGGAUCACUGAUUGGGAAGGAGGAGCACAUGCGCCCUCUCGCACCUUACCGACUUCAAGACGUGGUAGAAAGCUUGAAAAAUAAUUAUUCCAUAGAGCAGUUGGACGAAAUAAUUAAAGAUAUAAAAGAAAAGAGACUUGAUAGUUCCUUCUAUCAGGAAUCAAAAAUCGAGUGGAUAUUAAAAGGGGGCGCG